AGUUUAGGGCAAUAUUGGUUAAAUCCCUAGAGCCGAAAAUCCAAAUGACAGUAAAGUUCCCUCUCCUCCAAAUCCCUUUGAUAAAUUUCUUCGCUUCUUCUACCAGAAUUUCCCGGCACCGUCGAUUCAUCUUCAUGGCGAGCCAAAGCUACUUCGAUUCUCCCUCGGCGGCAACCACAGAUUACCCAGUACCAUUAUCUCCGCCAUUGCCUGCCUUAUCUAAGGACAUAGAGCCGAAUAGAGCCUUAACAGCUUCUUCGAAAUCUGCUUUGUUUUCUCUCUCGAGAAGUCAUGUUAUCUUUGAAGACGAAUGGAUCAUUGCGGUUAAUAAGCCUCAAGGAAUUUACUGCGAGAGCGUUUUGUCUUCACUCCCGGAUUUACUCAAUGACACUGGGGCUAAUGUUUCCGAGCUUCAUUUAGCUAAUAGACUUGAUCGUGACACAAGUGGUGUGAUGCUGAUUACUAAGUUACACAAAGUAGCAGCUAAGUUCGUAAAAGCAUUUACAGACCAUAAAGUACGAAAAACAUACCUGGCUUACUGUGUUGGGCUUGCUCCUAAAUGGGAAAAAAUAACUGUAAAAUCAGGUCAUGGACGGUCAAAAUAUGGAGCUUGGCGUGUUUAUGCUGCAUCAGAUGCGGGCAGAAAACUGCCAGGUGGAUCACUUGUUAAAGACAUGGAGACCUCUUUUGAAGUAUUAUCAGUGAAUGGUCUUGGGUGUUUUAAAGAGGUUUCUGACUUUCAUAAAGAUGAAGAUGUAGUCAUAGUUCAAGAGAAAUCAGUCAUUGGUUGUGACUUGAAGAAAGAUGAGAUUUUGGUCAGGGCGAGCCCUCGGAGUGGAAGAACACACCAAAUUCGCUUGCAUUGCCAGUAUCUUGGAAUUCCUAUACGAGGAGAUGUAAGAUAUGAAGGUGUCUAUGAGUGGAAAGGAAGCAGAUAUGAUAGUCAUGAACUUCAUGCAGAAAGUUUAUCUUUUGAGCAUCCUAUUACUGGGAAACCAAUGCUGCUUCAGGCACCUUUACCUUCCUGGGCCAUUCAACCUUUAAGGUCUCAGUUCGAGUAAUGAUAGAUCUUGCAGUUUGAUAGUAUUUUGAGCUCUCUCAAGCAAAUGUUAAUUUAUGCGGAGCAUCUAUGGAGAUGUUCUCAUUCUCUGCAAUUUGUUCAACAAGGGAGAUAGUUGCAUAGAGGAGCUGCAGGCUGCAGCACCGGAGAGGAUUUCCAGUCAGAUGUUAUUGACAUUUCAGUAACUGCCCUUUAUGUUAAUCUUCCAGUUGUUGG